CCUCUCCUGAAGGGAGCUACGACCCCUCCAAGGCCCCAUAGGGGACCGAGUUUUUUUUUUAUUGAGAAAAACCCCCGAGUCUUGCGGCUGUCGCGCACAGAAAGGAAUUAAUAUUAAUAACACUAUAAGAACUAUAUAAGACGAGAAUUGCUAAGACAUUCCAGAAGUAUCAAACUUUAACCUCUUAGUCUAGUACUCAAUUACUACAUAAGAACAUAUUUACACUAAAUGUUACUCUCCAAAUUUUACUUCUUAUAUCACGUCAUUCCAAAUGUAUUGUUGAAAAAUUGGAAACUGAUUUUCACGCAAUUAGAAUUCCGGAUGUCCGUGAAGUAACCAACUCCCCCUAGCCAUAAAAGAUAUGAUAUCAGGAUAAUAAAUAAAUACAUUAAUUAUCCUCGAUGGCUGUACUAGGUUUUUUCUCCCAAGUUAAUUUAUUCAAGUUCAAGUUACUGAGAAACUAUUGGUUAAUUAAAUGCAAAUGCCUGAAAGACUUUAUCUUAACGUAGACAAAUAAUUCUUAAUGUUUAUGCUAAGUAUCGCGUCACGUAAAGAUCGGUUUUGUCCGUUAAAGUACAAAGCCCAAAUAUGGGAAAAACUACAAGAGUGGUUGUUUGUGGAAUGAAAGGAGUUGGAAAAACUGCACUGUUAGAGCAGCUUAUAUAUGGAAACGUCAACUCGACUACCGAAAUUCAUCCAACAAUUGAAGAUAUAUACGUGGCUAACAUUGAAACUGAUCGUGGUACUAAGGAAAAAGUUCGAUUUUAUGAUACUGCUGGAUUAGAACCACUACAGAGCAACACAAAUAAUCAACAAUUAGCAAGGCAUUAUUUAGGCUUUGCAGAUGGUUAUGUACUGGUUUAUGAUACAGCCAAGCCUGAAUCUCUUGAUGUCUUAUUUCCAUUGAAAAAAGAUAUUGAUAAAAAUAAAGAUAAAAAGGAGAUAGUGGUCAUUGUCAUUGGUAACAGAACAAAGACCGAUACGGAACUUUACAAUUUGGAGAACACUGCCAGUAAAGCAGCAAAUUGGUGUACAAGAGAAAAACUUCGCCAUUAUGAAGUUAAUGUGAUGGAUAGGCCAAGCUUGUACGAGGCAUUCAUUCAUCUUUCAUCCAGAUUAAAUCCACCUCCAAAUAAAAGCACAUUCCCCCAAUUAAGCAUGGGUAGAAAGACUGCAAAACCAGAGGCAACAUGAAAGCGCAGAUAUAAUCACAUUCGAAAAGCUAUUUCUGCUCUUAAUAACUUCAUGCUCUCAAGCAAUUUAUAGGUUUAAGCCUUUGACAAUAUUGUUGUAAUUUCCAAUAUUUGACAAUUGGUAGCAUUUAACGUUCUCUGAUAUUAUUUAUAUUUAAGUUUUUAAUAUGGACUUGAGAAAAUUAUUAAUAUGCACCUUUAAAUCAAAUAUCUCUAGCACAGACUAUAUAUUCUGUGCCUCGCUAGAUGGAAUUCUAUAUAAAUCUAUUACAUUAUGUACUUAAAUGAUCCUGUGGUCUAAUACGCAAUUUAUUGGUACAAAAUGGUACAGAGUGCAAUCAAAUAAUUUUAAACAUCUAAAAAUCUCUGGCACUUUUUGAAUUUAGUUUGCUUUUACGUACAAGCAGUAACAUUUUUAUUACUUGUACACCUUCCUUAUUCGUACUUAAAAAUUUCGCAUCAGCGAAAGUAAAUUAUUAAGCCAAUAAUUAAUUAUUAAUUCUCGACGAUAGAAUCGAUCUGGCGCGACACCACUGUGUAAUUAUAAUAUAUGCGUGUCGCAUUGUUAUUUAUUCAAAAUUCAUCAGAGAGAACAAAUGUAGCGCGAUUUUCAGUAUGUAUCUGAUACAAUAAAGUGAUAUAAUUUAUUAUAA